UUUCAUUACAAGACACAGAAUUCAGAAUACAUUUCUUCAGAAGUUAUGAAAAGACAAGCACCAUGAAUGCUGAAAAAGACGCUGAAUAUCACAACACUAGCGAUGGAGAGAAAUGAUGUUGCCCUCUUAAGGCAGUUAGUGUGCAUACUGUGGGCGGUCCUUAAUGCCUGAGGCUUAUCCUUCACCAACUUCCUUGACAUCAGAAUUCACUAACAACACUGAGGACCACAUAUAAGCCUGGGACAGACAGCCUGUGGAAAAAUAGAAAUCAUCAAACUGGUUGACAUAUGCAUGCAGUGGUCUGAAGAACAAAAGGCUUUCUUUGCCCAUUUAUUAUGUUGGGAAUACAAAUCUAUAAUAUAAAAAACAAUAGGUACAAAGAACACAACGUGGAUUCUGACAGUUGUGAUCAGGAGGGAUCAGAUUCACCUGAGCCCAGUGUUUUGUCUAUGGAGAGCAACCGAUCAAUGCAAAUGCCGGUUUACUUAAGAAAUACAACACAUCUUCCACAUCUAAGUUUGGUCGACAGAUCAGACCCUUCUAGUCCUAGUGUUUUAUCCAUGAAGAGUGACCGCUCAAUGCAAAUGCCAAUUCAUCUGAAAAAUGGAUCAAUGGAAAAAGGUUUUGCUUUCAGUCUCCAGCAGGAGAGAUCAGACUCAUCUUCCCCAAGUGUUUUGUCUAUGAAGAGUGACCGGUCAAUGCAAAUGCCAAUUCAUCUAAAUGAACCACCUCCACUGGGACUAAGGUAUUCACUAACAAAAUCAUGUCAGGAUGCUCUGAAGACUGGCAGCUUUCCUGGAGAAUUCAUUCAUCAAUGUGAUUCAAAAAGUCCCGACGUCAAGAUUCAUAGAUUAAAAACAGAAAUAAAAAAGAAGCAACUGUACAUUUUUGAAGGAUUUGAAAUGCAGAGAAACCCAAAACUUCUGAAUGACAUCUACAUAGAGCUCUACAUCACAGAGGGAGGGAAUGGACAGAUCAGUAAUGAGCAUGAAAUUAAAAGAAUAGAAAAAACUUUGAAGGCUCCUGCAGGAGCAACGAUACCAAUCAAAUGCAAUGAUAUUUUUAGAGCUUUACCUGGACAAGACAAACCCAUCAGAACUGUGCUGACAAAGGGAGUCGCUGGCAUUGGAAAAACAGUCUCUGUGCAGAAGUUCAUCCUGGACUGGGUUGAAGGGAAAGAGAAUCAGGACGUCCAGUUCAUAUUUCCUCUUCCUUUCAGAGAGCUCAAUCUGAUGAAGGACAAAACACUCAGUCUUUCAGAUCUUCUUCAGAUGUUCUUCCCUGAAACAAAAGACAUGAAAAUUUUCAGUGAUGAAUAUAAAGUGUUGUUCAUCUUUGAUGGUAUGGACGAGUGUCGUCUGUCUCUGGAUUUUCAGAGUGAUGUGAGGUUGUGUGAUGUAAGUGAAUCAGCAUCAGUAGACGUGCUGCUGACGAACCUCAUUGUGGGGAAUCUGCUUCCCUCUGCUCUCAUCUGGAUCACCUCCAGACCAGCAGCAGCUGAUCUCAUCCCCUCUGAGUGUGUCCAUCGAGUGACAGAGGUACGAGGCUUCAAUGACCCACAGAAGGAGGAAUACUUCAGGAAGAGAGUCAGUGAUCAGAGUCUGGCCGAGAGGAUCAUCUCACACCUGAAGUCAUCAAGGAGCCUCUUCAUCAUGUGCCACAUCCCAGUGUUCUGCUGGAUCUCAGCCGCUGUUCUGGAGAAGAUGUUGAGUCGAGCAGAGAGUGGAGAGAUUCCCAAGACUCUCACUCAGAUGUACACACACUUCCUGAUGGCACAGAUUAAUAUUAAAGAAACAAAGUACAAUGAGAGCAAAGACAAAGAAAUGAUUUUCAAACUAGGGAAACUGGCAUAUGAGCAGCUGGAUAGAGGCAACCUGAUCUUCUAUGAGGAAGACCUGAGAGAGUGUGGCAUUGAUGUGACAGAAGCAUCAGUGUACUCAGGAUUGUGCACUCAGAUCUUCAGAGAGGAGUCUGGCUUGUAUCAGGGGAAAGUCUUCAGCUUUGUUCAUCUGAGCAUUCAGGAACAUCUAGCAGCUCUAUAUGUGCACCUCUCCUUCCAAAACAGCAGAAUAAAUGUGCUUGAAGCACAUGAAUCUGGAACGCCGGUGACAAUGUUGAGUUUACACAAGUGUGCAGUUGAAAAAAAUUUAAAAAGUAUGAAUGGGUAUCUUGAUCUUUUCCUUCGAUUCCUGAUUGGACUUUCUCUGGAGUCAAAUCACAGUCUAUUAGAAGGGCUUUUGGUGACAAAGACAGACAGCUCCCUGGAAACAGAGAAAACUAUUGAUUAUCUCAAGCAGAAGCUAAAAACAAUCCUUUGCUCAGAAAUGGCUCUUAUUUUGUUCCACUGUCUGAAUGAACUCAAUGAUCAUUCCCUCAUUACUGAAAUCCAAAGCUACCUGACUUCUGGAAAACUGAACAGCGAAGCUCUGUCCCCAGAUCUCUGGUCGGCUCUGGUGUACAUCUUAAUGACAUCAAAUGAGAAGUUUGAGGAUUUUGAACUUUGUAACUAUGGAAGAUCAGACACUGCACUAUAUUGGCUGCUUCCUGUGAUCAAGGUGUCGAAAAAGAUCUGGUUGCAUGACUGUAAUAUCACAACCAGAGGAUGUGUAUCACUGUGUAUGGUUCUGCCAUCACUAUCCAAUGUGAGAGAGCUGGACCUGAGCAAAAACACCCUGCAGGAUGCAGGGGUAGAAAUACUCAGCACAGGAGUAAAAAACUCAUGCUAUGCACCAAAACUAAGAGAGGAAUGGUUAAGCAGUAAUCAAAAUGAACAAGAUAAUCAGCUUAAGUAUGAAGCUUUCCUAUGUCUCACUGCAGGGCUACAGGAUACGGACUGUAGACUGGAAUCCUUGAAUCUUAAGAACUGUGGAGUAACAGAAGCAAGCUGUGUUUACCUGAGCAAAGCUCUGAGUUUAAACCCUUCUCAUCUGAAAGUUUUGGACCUGAGCUGGAACAACAUUGGAGACUCUGGAGUGAAACAUCUCUGUGCUGCUGUGGUUAAAAUUCACUGUGCAUUGGAAACAAUAAAGUUAAAUAACUGUAACAUAACACACAAAAGUUGUAUAGCAUUGGCUAAAAUACUACAAACAGCUUCAAACCUUAAAGAGCUCUCUCUAAGUGAAAAUGAGCUCCAGGACUCAGGUGUUAUGCUGUUCUCUGUUGGACUGCAUCAUCCUCACUGUAAACUGGAGACGCUCAGGCUUUCAUGUUGCAACAUUGAACCAGAAGGCUUUGGAUCUCUGGCUUCAGUUCUGAGGUCAAACUCUCAUCUGAGAGAACUGGACUUGAGCAACAACAGUCCCGGAGAUCAGGGAGCAGAGCUGCUGUCUGCUGUUCUUCAGCAUCCAAACUGUAGACUGAAAACACUGAGGUUGGACAAAUGUGGAAUCACUGAGAUAAGCUGCACUGCUCUGGCUUCAGCUCUCAGCUCAAAGACCUGCAGUCUGACACAUCUGGAUCUGAGCAUUAAUGAUCUACAAGAAUCAGGAGUGAAGAAGCUCUGUGCUGGACUGCAGCAGCCUCACUGUAAACUACAGAAGCUGAGGUUGUCCAAGUGUAAUGUAACACAUGAAGGAGUGACAGCACUGACUGAAGCUCUGAAAUCACAUCCAUCCCACCUGAAAGAACUCGAUCUGCUUGAGAAUGAUCUGGAAGAAUCAGACUUGAAUAUGCUUGCCAUUAUACUGGAAAAAAACACUAUAAAACAGCAAUCUUUUGAUCAGGAAAGAUCAGAUUCACCUGCGCCCAGUGUUUUGUCGUUUAAGAGUGACCGAUCAAUGCAAAUGCCUAUUCAGCUAAGAAAUGAAACACUUCUACCACAACUAUGUUUGAAGGAGAGAUCGGACUCAUCUGCCCCUAGUGUUUUGUCCAUGAAGAGUGACCGGUCAAUGCAAAUGCCAAUUCAAAUGCAAAAUGGAUCAGAUCCGAUGGAAAAUAGUCUUCAGCAGGAGAGAACAAACUCAUCUACCCCUAGUGUUUUAUCCUUGAAGAGUGACCGGUCAAUGCAAAUGCCAAUUCAACUUCAAAAUGGAUCAGUUCCAGAGGAAAAAAGGGAUUUACACAGAAAAUCAUGUCAAGAUGCAGAGAAGACUGGUAGCUCUCCUGGAAGAUUCAUGGAAUAUCAAUUUGAUUCAGAAACAGUUGAAGUCAAGAUUCAAAGAUUAAGAUCAGAAAUAAAAAACAGGCAUCUGUACAUUUUUGAAGGAUUUGUAAAGCAGGGAAACUCAACACUCCUGAAUGAGAUUUACACAGAGCUCUACAUCACAGAGGGAGGGAAUGGAGAGAUCAGUAAUGAGCAUGAAAUUAAAAGAAUAGAAAAAACUUUGAAGGCUCCUGCAGGAGCAACGAUACCAAUCAAAUGCAAUGAUAUUUUUAGAGCUUUACCUGGACAAGACAAACCCAUCAGAACUGUGCUGACAAAGGGAGUCGCUGGCAUUGGAAAAACAGUCUCUGUGCAGAAGUUCAUCCUGGACUGGGCUGAAGGGAAAGAGAAUCAGGAAGUCCAGCUCAUAUUUCCACUUCCUUUCAGAGAGCUCAAUCUGAUGAAGGACAAAACACUCAGUCUUUCAGAUCUUCUUCACGUCUUUUUCCCUGAAACAAAAGAAAUAGACAUUUUCAGUGACAAAUAUAAAGUGUUGUUCAUCUUUGAUGGUCUGGACGAGUGUCGUCUGUCUCUGGAUUUUCAGAGCGAUGUGAGGUUGUGUGAUGUAAGUGAAUCAGUCUCAGUGGAUGUGCUCCUGACGAACCUCAUUGUGGGCAAUCUGCUUCCCUCUGCUCUCAUCUGGAUCACCUCAAGACCAGCAGCAGCUGAUCUCGUCCCCUCUGAGUGUGUCCAUCGAGUGACAGAGGUACGAGGCUUCAAUGAUCCACAGAAGGAGGAAUACUUCAGGAAGAGAGUCAGUGAUCAGAGUCUGGCCGAGAGGAUCAUCUCACACCUGAAGUCAUCAAGGAGCCUCUUCAUCAUGUGCCACAUCCCAGUGUUCUGCUGGAUCUCAGCCGCUGUUCUGGAGGAGAUGUUGAGUCGAGCAGAGCGUGGAGAGAUUCCCAAGACUCUCACUCAGAUGUACACACACUUCCUGAUGGCACAGAUUAAUAUUAAAGACACAAAGUACAAGGAGAACAAAGACUCUGACAAAGAGAUGAUUUUCAAACUAGGGAAACUGGCAUAUGAGCAACUGGAUAGAGGCAACCUGAUCUUCUAUGAGGAAGACCUGAGAGAGUGUGGCAUUGAUGUGACAGAAGCAUCAGUGUACUCAGGAUUGUGCACUCAGAUCUUCAGAGAGGAGUUUGGCUUGUAUCAGGGGAAAGUCUUCUGCUUUGUUCAUCUGAGUGUUCAGGAACAUCUAGCGGCUCUAUAUGUGCAUCUCUCUUUCCACAACAGCAGAAUAAACAUGCUUGAAGCACAUGAAUCUGGAUCGUCUGUGACAAUAGUGACUUUACACAAGUGUGCAGUUGAAAAAAGUCUAAAAAGUAUGAAUGGGUAUCUUGAUCUUUUCCUUCGAUUCCUGAUUGGACUUUCUCUGGAGUCAAAUCACAGUCUAUUAAAAGGGCUUUUGGUGAAGAAGACAGACAGCUCCCUGGAAACAGAGAAAACUAUUGAUUAUCUCAAGAAAAAGAUAAAAACAAUCCCUUGCUCAGAAAUGGCUCUUGUUAUGUUCCACUGUCUGAAUGAACUCAAUGAUCAUUCCCUCAUUACUGAAAUCCAAAGCUACCUGACUUCUGGAAAGCUGAACAGCGAAGCUCUGUCCCCAGAUCUCUGGUCGGCUCUGGUGUACAUCUUAAUGACAUCAAAUGAGAAGUUUGAGGAUUUUGAACUUUGUAACUAUGGAAGAUCAGACGCGACUCUGUUCUGGCUGCUUCCUGUUAUCAAGCUUUCAAAAAAGAUCUGGAUGCAUGACUGUAAUAUCACAGAAAUAGGAUGCGUAGUGCUUUCUGCUGUUCUUCCAUCAAUAUCCAAUCUCAGAGAGCUGGACCUGAGCCACAACAACCUGCAGGACUCAGGAGUAGAAAUACUCUGUAUUGGAUUGAAAAGAUCACACUACGACUUAAAAAAAAUACUGAGGAUCCUGGGUUCUGAUGUCUGUAAACCUGAUCUUGAUUUUAUCGUUCUUCCUACUGCUGGACUAGAGGACACAAAGUGUAGGCUGGAAUCACUGAAUCUGAAGAACUGUGGAGUAACAGAAGCAGGCUGUGUUUACCUGAGCAAAGCUCUGAGUUUAAACCCUUCAUAUCUAAAAGUGCUGGACUUGAGCUGGAACAACAUUGGAGACUCUGGAGUGAAACAUCUCUGUGCUGCUCUGGAGAAAGUUCACUGUGCACUGGAAACACUAAAACUUUCAACUUGCAAAAUCAAAACAGAAGGUUUUGGAUCUCUGGCUUCAGUUCUGAGGUCAAACUCUCAUCUGAGAGAACUGGACUUGGGCAACAACAGACCUGGAGAUCAGGGAGCAGAGCUGCUUUCCGCUGUUCUUCAGUAUCCAAACUGUAGACUGAAAACACUGAGGUUGGACAAAUGUGGAAUCACUGAGAGAAGCUGCACUGCUCUGGCUUCAGCUCUCAGCUCAAAGACCUUCAGUCUCACAGAUCUGGAUCUGAGCAUUAAUGAUCUACAAGAUUCAGGAGUGAAGAAACUCUGUGCUGGACUGCAGCAGCCUCACUGUAAACUACAGAAGCUCAGGUUGUCCAAGUGUAAUGUAACACACGAAGGAGUGACAGCAUUGAUUGAAGCUCUGAAAUCACAUCCAUCCCACCUGAAAGAACUUGAUCUGCUUGAGAAUGAUCUGGAAGAGUCAGACUUGAAAGUGCUCUCCAAGAUACUGGACACAUCAUCAAACAAACUGAAAAAAUAACACAAAUGUUUAAGAGAAUCCUUUAAAAGAAAGUGAAAAAUGCAUCAAUAUUAAUGUCACUGCAAUCCGUACAAUACAGUAUGAAGAACAACAUUGUGACUAGAGGAAAGAAUGCCAAGCAUGGUUUACACUAAUGUAAAGAUCUGUGGAUAUGUUGUAUAAUGGAUUUAAUUAUUAUAAACAUAGAACGGCAACUACAGUGUCUUUAAAUUUUUAUUUUAGGAACUAGAUACAAAAGAUCAUAAAUAAAGCUCAUAAGUUAGGUGCACCUAAAGGUGCAAAUACAGAAACUGUGAAAUUAAAAGACUCCUCAAUAUGUUACCGAACCUUUCUUAAAUGUACUGCUGUUUUAAAAUGUUACAUUUACUGCCAACAUGAAUAUUAUGCUCACUGUAUAAUUAAAUACAUUCUGUUAACACAUGUAAAGAAAAACAGGAAGAAAAUGAUGGAGCUGUACAUGGAAAUGUCUGCUGGUAUUAUGUACAUCAAACUAUUACAAACUAUGUACACACAAAUUCCUAGAUUUUGUACAGUGAAAAAAAAUUCUAAAAAUAUAUCUGUGACUAUAAAAUUCUUGCAAUGAUUC